CACGUGACCCACUCUGGCCACGUGACCACAGACUUCACUGGAUCCUAGGCGCCUGCUUUUCUCUCCGAGUUAAUCUCGCGUCCUGGUCUUACCCCGGCCCAAUGGAAGAGGACGAUGAGGAAGCGCGAGCGCUGCUGGAAGGCGGCCCCAGUGAGGCUGGCAGAGGUGCCGCUGCCAUCUCUCCUAUCCCUGGAGCGCUGCCGGCCCUUUGCGACCCUAGUCGCCUGGCGCACCGGCUUUUGGUGCUGUUGCUGAUGUGCUUCCUAGGCUUCGGCAGCUAUUUUUGCUAUGAUAAUCCUGCUGCCCUUCAGACUCAGGUUAAACGGGAUAUGCAGGUGAAUACAACGAAAUUCAUGCUGCUAUAUGCGUGGUAUUCUUGGCCAAAUGUAGUUUUGUGUUUUUUUGGUGGCUUUUUGAUUGACCGAGUAUUUGGAAUACGAUGGGGCACCAUUAUUUUUAGCUGCUUUGUUUGCAUUGGACAGGUGAUUUUUGCUCUGGGUGGAAUAUUUAAUGCUUUUUGGCUGAUGGAAUUUGGAAGGUUUGUGUUUGGGAUCGGUGGGGAGUCCUUAGCAGUUGCCCAGAAUACAUAUGCUGUGAGUUGGUUUAAAGGAAAAGAAUUAAACUUGGUGUUUGGACUCCAGCUUAGUAUGGCUAGAAUUGGAAGUACAGUAAACAUGAAUCUCAUGGGAUGGCUGUAUUCUAAGGUUGAAGCUUCAUUGGGUUCUGCUGGUCACACAACCCUUGGGGUCACACUUAUGAUUGGGGGUAUAACAUGUAUUCUUUCACUGAUCUGUGCCUUGGUUCUCGCUUACUUGGAUCAGAGAGCAGAGAGAAUCCUUCAUAAAGCACAAGGAAAAACAGGUGAAGUUAUUAAGUUAACUGAUGUGAAGGACUUCUCCUUACCCCUCUGGCUGAUAUUUAUCAUCUGUGUCUGUUAUUAUGUGGCAGUGUUCCCUUUUAUCGGACUUGGGAAAGUUUUCUUUACAGAAAAAUUUGGAUUUUCUUCCCAGGCAGCAAGUGCUAUUAACAGUAUUGUAUAUGUCAUAUCAGCUCCCAUGUCCCCAAUAUUUGGGCUCCUGGUGGAUAAAACAGGAAAGAACAUCAUCUGGGUUCUGUGUGCCGUGGUGACAACUCUCGCUGCCCACAUCAUGCUGGCCUUCACGUUGUGGAACCCUUGGAUUGCUAUGUGUCUCCUGGGACUCUCUUAUUCGUUGCUUGCUUGUGCAUUGUGGCCGAUGGUGGCAUUUGUAGUUCCUGAACACCAGCUGGGAACUGCAUAUGGCUUCAUGCAGUCCAUUCAGAAUCUUGGGCUGGCAAUCAUUUCCAUCAUUGCUGGCAUGAUAUUGGAUACUCGGGGAUAUUUGUUUUUAGAAGUUUUCUUCAUUGCCUGUGUUUCUUUGUCACUUUUAUCUGUGGUCUUACUCUAUGUGGUGAAUCGUGCCCGAGGGGGGAACCUAAAUUAUUCUGCAAGACAAAGGGAAGAAAUAAAACUUUCUCAUGCUGAAUGAGAAACUUGAAUGACUGUGUCAUGAGGAGCUGCACACAUCAUUGGUCUGAAAACCUCACUUUUUUUUUUUUUUAAAUCUAGAGUUUAAUCAGGAAUAAUAAUGGUCUGGAAAUUUAUAUUUGUAUUUCAAAAGCACCUAUUUCAAAGUAUGUUUGUGAGGAAUAUCUUAGCUUGUGUCUUAUGUAUUGUUUAUUGCUAGUGAAUUCCACUUUAGACUAGGCUAAUCAACAGUAAAGUUUAGAAAGUUCCUCUGGAAUAUGCAGGUGAACUUUGGUAAGGACAGUAAAUAAUGGAAAACUUGGAUCUGGCAUUGAGAUAAUUUUCAGAAGAUGUUUCUAAAGGAUAUGGCUUUUUUUUUUUAAUCUUAA